CAGUUAUGUUUCAACAUUCAUGCGAAUAAGUUCAACAAGCUUCGAAAAACACAUUGAGAGCGACAUACAUCGAGAGUUUAAAAAAAAAGAACCGACACGACACAGCUCGCACCAUACAAAUACAACACGCAUUUCAUUUCUUUUCUUUUUCUUGCCGUCUCCUUCAUCUGUUGCUUCGUUUUCGAAGACACAUACAUAAUUUCAUUGUGGAAUUUAAUAUAAAAUGCCGCUUCAAGAUCAAACUGUAGAAAGUCAUCCGAAUGGAUCGAUUGGUGCAUCGGAGAAACUAUUAAAAGUACCAUCACAACAAUUGAAUGGGAAAAUUAUCGAGAAGAAAAUUGAAGAAGAAGAUGAAGAAGUUGUUACUGCCGAUGUCGUUGUGCCAAUUGACGGUGGUUGGGGAUGGGUCGUUGUGGUUGCAUCAUUCCUUUGCUGCACUAUAGUGGAUGGUAUAGUUAUGAAUAUUCCAUUAUUUUAUAAACAUCUUCGGAACGAUUUCCAAGUCACGGAGUCUGAGGUUGCGUUUGUUGGUUCAUUUUUAAGUGGAUUUUAUUUGAUUGCCGGUCCAUUUGUGAGUGCGAUGGCAAAUCGUUGGGGCUUUCGGCCAAUCACAAUCCUUGGUUCAAUUAUUGCUUCGGCCGCAUUUGCUCUUUCAUAUAAAGCAACUGGCAUAGUAUAUUUGUAUAUUGUUUUGGGUGUGAUUGGGGGAAUUGGAUUCAGUAUGAUGUACAUUCCAGCCGUAAUUAUAGUUGGUUUUUACUUUGAACGUUGGCGUGCACUUGCAACUGGUAUUGCAAUGUGUGGAUCAGGUGUUGGUACUUUCCUCAUGAAACCCAUUGGUGACUAUUUACUAUCAAAUGGUGAUUGGCGUUCGGCAUUAUUAGGAUUUGCAGUGAUAAUUUUACUGGGUGUUGCUUGCGGUGUGGUAUUCAGACCGCUUGAAUCGGUACACAUUACACUCGAUGAAAGUGAUCAAAUAUCCGAUGCAAAAUCAAUCGAAAAACCAACCUUACCGGUUGUAUUUACAAAACCAUUGGCCGAAGGACGUUAUGCAUUUUCUGUACCAAAUAGUUCACAUAACACUUGGAUUGGAGCCAGCAGUAAUACCCGUUAUCCAACCGCUGCUGAAGUGUUUCGUGGCAGUACGGCCAAUUUGGAUCGACGCACAUCAAUUACACCAUCGGCCACGCCAACAGUUACAUUGGCCACAACACAAUUGAAUGCUGGCAAUAUUCAUCAUACAACGAAAAAAUUAGAACAAUUAUCGAAAGCACAACAGAAACGCAGCGGAAAUGCCACACCGACUGAAGAGAUGGCACAAAUUCCCGCCUUCAAUUUACACAAAGAAUUGAAUACGGUCGGUGAGGUUGAUGAUGAAAACGAAAGCGAAGCGUUGCUUGAUCAAGAUGGUGCCAAACCACAAUUAACAGCACGAAGACAUACAGUAUCGGGCCGUAGGCCAAACAUUCAAGGCGUUGUCGCCACCAAUGGAACGGCCAAGAAAGAUAAACGUAAUGCACAUCAACAUUUUGGCAGCAGCAAUCGACCAUUAUAUCGGGAUGAUAUUUUCUUCAGCGGUUCAUUAGUACGCAUUCCUGGCUAUCAAUCGCAAACAUCACUACAAUAUCAUAUGAAUGUUACACGUCUGCCAACACAAAACGAUGUCGAUGAGGAGGAAAAUGCAACAUGCACAAUGUGCCCAGAAGCCGUGCGUCGUACGUUGGCUACCAUGUUGGACGUAAGUUUGUUGCUAUCACCAUCAUUUAUGUUGUUGGCCAUCAGCGGUUUUCUAUGCAUGAUGGGAUUCUUUGUGCCCUUCAUGUACGUUGAACAGAGAGCUAUCGAGUUGAAUGUGAGCAAUAGUACUGCCAGUUUUCUAGUGCCUUCCAUUGGUAUUGCAAACACAGUUGCUCGUAUUCUUUGUGGUUUUCUAAGUUCAUUGGAAAAUGUCGAUGCAAAUCUUCUCAGCAACAUUGCCAUCACCGUGGGCGGUGUAUCUACAAUUUUAAGCGGUCUUUUUGGCUCAGAUUUUACUCAAAUCAUAUACACAAUCCUGUUCGGCUUCGCAAUUGCAUGCUUUUCGGCGUUGCGUUCAAUCAUUGCUGUAGAUUUGAUGGGAAUCGAAAAGUUAUCAAACGCAUUUGGAAUUUUGAUGAUGUUCCAAGGAUUGGCAUCGGUUAUUGGUACUCCCAUUGCUGGAUGUUUGUAUCAGGCAACAAAAAGCUACGAUUAUGCAUUCUACUUUGCUGGCGGUCUUAUAUUAAUGUCGGCCAUUCUUUGUUAUCCAAUUAAAAUGGUAAAUCGAUGGGAAAAAAAACGUGGACAAGAAACAUCUAAAGUUAGUCCAGCUGUGUAAAUCAUUGAUGCACAUGUGCUAUCUUUUUUUAUUCUUUUAAAUUAGAUAAAAAAUGAGAAAGAAAAUAUUGAAAUGUGCGUUUUAAUAUUGAAAAUGUUUUGAUGUAUCGAAACAGUUUUUUUCCUCCUUUGCGUUUUAGCAUGAGCCAGAAGAAAAAUUUUAAUUUUCGCACGUCAAAGUUAAAAAAUUUCUUCACUUUUUGAAAACAAAAAAAAUAUAUCUAAAGAUAGAAAUUGUAAAUUAAAAAUCAGACGUAUGAUUAUGAUGGAUAGAUAGUCUAAUUGGAUGCGUCUGCCGUAUGAAUUUACUGAAUACAUUUACUGUUUACAUAGAAGAUGUUUACAAACUAAUAUUAUGAACAAUAGAAAUGAUUGCUCUAGUGAUUGUAACAAUGGAAGUGUUGCUGUACGCAAUAAAUGUAUACCACAGACGCAUCCACAUAGCCGCUAUUCUCCAACUGCUAUUUCCAGCAGCGAAUAUUUAUUCAGCAUAAUCAUACGUCCCGUAAAAAUGCACGAGAAGAGAAAAACAUGUUCAAAACAUAAAACAUAUCGUUGACGGUUGUGCAACCUAGAUCAAAAAUGGAAAGAAGAAAAACGCAUUCAAUUUAACUAAAAGAAUUCGAAGCGCCUAGUUAGAGAAUAUUAGAUAAGACGAACCCUUUAAACUCUAGGAAUAACUUCUUGAACUAAAAGACAUACAUCUAAUCAGACUACCUUUUUAUUGUAAAUAAAAGAAAUUUUUUUUUUGUUACGUAAAUCAGUCUUAAUCGAUGAUAAGAUUGAAAUAUUUUAUUUUAUGAAGAGUUUUUCUUUUGAAAAUUGUCCAGAAUUCAAAGACAAUUUUGUUUGCUAAACAGAAUUCGUUUUUUAUGGAGAAAAUUAGGAAAAAGUUAUCAACAUCUUGUUGAUAUUUUGUUCAUUGUACAAGCAUUUACUUUCUUUACACAAGCGAAAAAAGAUAUACAAUUUGAUGCGAACUAGAUUUUUUUGAGCAAUAGGCUCUUCGGAGUACUUACUUUUUUCAGAGAAAUUAAUAUUUAAAACCUGUGUAUCAAUAGACAUGAAAAUUAAUUGAAUAAAAAAUUACGAUUUUUCAGAAA